AUGUCAUCAAAAUUGGGUAUGAUCGAAUGGCUUGAUAAUACACGUCCAUUAAAAGAUCUUAUUGAAGAAUCAUAUAAUGAUAAUGAACUUGAUAUAAUAACAAAUCAAGGUCAACAUCCAAGAAAACUUUAUCAAGAUUAUGUAACAAAUACAUAUCAAAAAGCUAAACCAACAGCUAAAACAGCUAAUAAUACAGUAAUGUAUGCUGAAUUAUUUCUUAGUUUAACAAAAGCUCAAGUUCAAGAAGAAUUUAAUCAUAUACAAUCAGUUAUACCUGCUGAUUUACUUCGACGUGCUUAUUAUAAAAUAGCUAUUUCUCAUGAAGGUUUUUAUACAUUACGUCGACAAUUUAUAACAAGUUAUGCUGUUUUAUGUACAAGUCAAUAUAUACUUGGUAUUGGUGAUCGACAUCAAUCGAAUUUUCUUAUUGAUACAUCAUCUGGUCAAAUAAUUGGUAUUGAUUUUGGUUCAGCAUUUAAUGCAGCUACGAUUCAUUUACCCGUACCAGAAUUAAUACCAAUUCGUUUAACACGACAACUUACACAAUUAAUGUCACCUAUUGGUACAUCUGGUUUAUUUCGUGCAACAAUGAUUCAUACAAUGAAUGCAUUACGUGAAAAUUCGGAUUUAUUACUUAGUACAAUGGAUGUAUUUAUUAAAGAACCAUUAAUGGAAUGGAUGGAACAUGCACUUAAAACAAGUAAACAAGUUGCACAAAAUGAAACAAAUAUACUUCGUUCGGAUGAUACCUAUGCAAAAGAUCGAAUUAAAAGUGCACGAUUAAAACUUAAUGGAAUUAAUCCAGCUGUUAUAAUUGGAUCUGAUUUGAAAUUAAAUAGUUUUCUUCGUUCAUCAAAUUUAAAAGAAGCGCGUCGUCAAAUGGAAAAAGUUGUUGGUGGUGAUCAAAUAGAUAGUAAACGUGCACAAAUUUUAUUAAAAUAUAAUUCAAAUCGUUAUCAUAAAUUAACUGUUGAUGAACAAAUUGAUUGUAUUAUUGAUCAAGCAACAGAUGUUGAUAUACUUGGUCGUUCAUGGGCUGGAUUAGAAACAUUUAUGUAA